AUGCAUGAUGCAGCGACUCAGCGGGACCUCGCUAGGGGCAAUGCGCCUGAAUCGACAUCGCUGAGCCAAAGGAGGAGGAGCAGAAGCAGAAGCAGGAGCAGGAGCAGGAGAGACCCUCAAGGAAACCGCAAGCCGGUCAGAGACCCGAAGAAAUUAGAAAAGCGACGCACAUAUAGCUUCUCCUCCGGUCAGAAUGAUAGUAUCGUGGUCGCUCGCGACACCAAUCGGCCUCCUGUGCCACCGAUACCCGCAAAUAUCAAAGGGAAGGGGAGAGCAGACAUGCAGAGGCCAGAAGGCUAUCCUGCUGGCCAGACACCAUUGCAAUCAAGUGCUCAACAUCCAGAGAGUACGCAGGAUUGGCAGCGCGUGCCAACACUACACAAAAGGAGCGGCCAGGAAAUGUCGCGGCGGAAAUCGAGUAAGAAACGAAAGGAGGAACACGAUAGAGAAGCAGAGAUCAAAGCCAUGGUCGCCAGCGUGCCUGUACGGCCUGCAACUGAUGCCGAUUUGUCUGGCAGGCCGAUGAAGAAGGAAAGCAAAAAGAUGCAUGAAGGGCUGAAUCGCAAUCUGCAAAACCCGUCUUCUGACAUCUCCCUACCCAUGGCGGACUCAAUCCACUCGUCGCUGUCCACGGACUCUGGACAGUCAACAACCUUCAAAGUGUCCGUGCUCGAUAUGCUCGCCCCUCGACCUACCAUUCGAUACGCCGAAAAUCCUCGAUACGGGCCAGGCGCCAGCUUUACUUCUGACCGGCCCGAGUCGCGGAAACGGAAGGCUUCGGAGCGAAUCACAAUUCCGGAGGAAACAUUGAAGGCCAAUAAGAGGGUCGAUGAUCUUGCAGAUGACCUGAGUUCCGGAGAAUUACGAGAACUCAUGGAGCGGGAUCAGAAGAGGAGGGAAAAUAAGAAGAUUGCAGAGAAGAUCAGGAUGGAGCAGAAGAUUGCGAGGCGUCAAGCGCAGCAGAGAGAAGAUGAGGCUACUGCGGAACGGACUGGCACGCCGCCACCAGCGAAUAUGGAGCGAGGCGUUCUUGGAAGAGAGGUUGUGGGCCUGGGCAUCGAAUCGUCUGCCGUAGUCACUUCAAGUGAGAGGAAGAGCUCGACCGCAUCUGAGAGUGGGAAUGGAAAGCAACCAGCGGAGGCGUCUAGAGCAGAUUCUGCCAGCAAGGCUCAUUUCCCGAAUGAUACUUCCAGACACAGUCCCAACCCGGGUACCAAAAACACGGCAUCUGGGCCUGAGCACCCAGAACCUGUCAUUGAAGUCACUCACGCUGCACCGGUGGUCAGAGGGAACAUCUCGCCCCCCUCAUCACCAACAGUAAGAGCUCAUACUCGCCGAGUGUCGAGCAUAUCUCAGAUGAUAGAGCGAGCGCCGACGCCAACACCAUCAGUAACUCGAUUAGCUUCAGUAGCACCAAGCCAGUCUGAUCUUAUGAGGAAGGCUUCGGUGAGCAGCAAUCUUAUGAGGAAGGCUUCGGUAAACAGCAAUCGGGGGGCACAAUCGUGGACGUCAAUUUUUAGAAGGGGCACAAAGUCCAAACACAGUCAUACACCAUCAUCCUUCUCCAAUACAUCGCGAGACUCGGUACAGAACGGUCAAGUUCCGCAAAUGGGAUACACACCCAUCAGGAUAGUAUCCAAUGCUCCCAAACGGACAAUGUCGAAAUUUCGGGAAGAUCUUCCGGAAUUCCCAAUGUCACCGCCAGAGUCUAGGGUACAAUCUCCUGAGGCUGAUGUUGUUCCACCCAUACGGGAGGAGUAUCUUGACAAGAAAUCCGGCCCCCGAGAGUCAAUCGAUGAGCCUCAUGUGCGGUACGAUACCCCUACAAGCGGGUAUAGGUCUCUUGAUACUGGACGGUUACGUGAUGACCGAUCGAUCGAUGCCCCUUCGCCAGAGCCAGUGGCGGUCUUAUCACAAUCGCUUGCAUCUAUUGAUUCAGAAGGCUCGUGGCUUUCGGGCCGGCAUAACUCAACAAAACGAGGAGGAUCUAUACGACUACCCUCUCAUCCGCUGCGUGAUAGUGUCAGCUCUUUACACAAAAGAUACAUGGGAUAUUCGGAGUCUGCCGAGGAGCUUGGUAUUGUCGAAGAUGAGUACUUCAGUCGUCUAACGCCUGGGCCUGAAAGUCAAUAUAGAAUCAAGAGGCAAUCAAUGGGGAAUCCCAUGCCAUCAAGCGAUGAGGAGGAUGGUAGCAGUCUUGCAAGUCCAGUCUCGCCUGAGAAGACGAAAUGGGGUGCGGUAGCAAGACACCCCACCGUGGUCCAUCGCGAGCCUCGAAUCCGAUCCAGGGAAGGAUUACUCAAUGAUUUUGAGGCGACGAGUGUUAAUCUGAGCGAGAAGCAUGCGAGGCAUAUCAGUGCAGGCAGCGCGAGGCUUUUAGAAUUGAAGGCAAAAGCUUCAGGAGACGGAACUCGACCAAGUUUUAGCUCGGACAGGGCAUGA